CUCUGUGGCUUUUUUCUUUUCUUUUUUUUCUGCAUCCUCCUACUUGUUCUGAAUAUACGAAAUAAUUUAUAGGCUUUGAAUUGCGGUGAAGGGCUUUUAUCACGGAGCGAUCAGGGUUUACGGGGUUAAAACAUCUCACGUGUCUUUGCCUUCCUGCUUCCGUCUGGACGCUGGACGCUCUUCAUUAUGUCUAGGUUCACUCCAGUCAUUUGGCCUAAAGUUGUUUUAUUUGGUGACUCCAUUACACAGUUUUCAUUUCAAACCGGUGGCUGGGGUGCAGACAUUGCCAACAAACUUCAAAGAAAAUGUGAUGUUGUAAACAGAGGACUGUCUGGCUACAACUCCAGAUGGGCCAAGAUCCUUCUCCCUCGCCUCAUUGACAGCCAGAACUCAGCAGAGAACAGGAACAUAGCAGCUGUCACUGUCUUCUUUGGAGCCAACGACUGCGCUCUGGAAGAUAAAAACCCGCAGCAGCACGUCCCUUUACAGGAGUACUCAGACAACCUGAAGGAGAUCAGCAGGCUUUUGACUUCGGCUGGCGUGUCUGCAGACAGAGUCAUCUUCAUCACACCUCCUCCUCUUCACGAGCCGGCCUGGGAGAAAGAGUGCAUCCUCAAAGGGUAUCCUCUCAACCGUCACAACUCUGUAGCGGGACAGUACGCGCAGGCGUGCGUCCAGGCAGCUGCUCAGUGCGGAACAGACGUCCUGGACCUCUGGACGCUCAUGCAGAAAGACGGCCAGGACUACACAGUCUACUUGUCUGACGGGCUGCACCUCUCGGAGAAGGGAAACCAGUUUGUGGCCGAUCACCUGUGGGUGCUGCUGGAGAGCCGUGUGGCCCACCUGCCCUUCAUCCUGCCUUACUGGGGAGACGUGGACUCCAAGAGCCCAGAGAGCAGCCUCCUCUGUGAUCAGUGAUGAGGACAUUAGUUGAGAAAACCGCUCAGGACACGACUGCAUCAAUCACCAGUUAGGAUUUACAUGUACCAUUAUGUCAAAUGAUAGAUUAUGUUUAACCCUUACGGGCAUUUGUGGCUUGAAUUUCUGCAGGAACUCCUCACUUUUUUGAAAUCCAGUGUCAUUUACUCUCACAUGUCAUUUAUACUCUCGUGCUGCAUUUUGCACCCUCUGGACAUGAUCAUGGCAAAAACGUACAUGUGCAAAAAACAGUCAGAAAAUCCUCAUACAUCAGUAUUUUUUCUACUUUUUUUUUUCAUGAAAUACUUAAACGACUUCAGACCUGCUCAAAACUACCAACAUUUCAGUAGUUUUCAGGAAGUAUACUGUAUAUAGUAGUGUUUGUACAGGCACAAAAACUGAAUUAUUUUCCAUAAUAUAAAGAGUAGAACAAUGGGGCUUUGGUGGUAAUUGGAGCUCGGAGCAGCUGGUACCUUCAGAGGCUCCUCCAAAUUCAGACAGCACGUCUCCAGCAAGCCAGUGAUGUACGGGCUAAAAAUCAGUUUCUCUAAAACAAAUACACAUAUACAAAUAUCUUUAAAAAUAUACAUCACAUAUCACAUAUAGCCUUGGUUUACAGGUCAUAUGUUGUGUUCUUGUUUUGGUGGUAGAAAUUGACAAGAAUUUCCACCAUCGACCUACAAUGGGAAAAUGGUUGAAUCUGAUCAAAUAGAGUAAAAAUGUCAUACAUCACUACUUUUCUUCUAAAUAAAAUGCUAAUAUUACAGUAAUGCAUGGUUUUACAGUGGAAUAACAGCCAGAAUAAAAAAUGUGGUUAUAAUGGAAGUCUAUGGGACAUUUUUGGGCACAAAUACUAACACUAAUGCAAUCAAAUCAGUUUCAUUGCUAAUCUUUGACAUAUCCAAGACUCUAAUCACCACUUUGGUGACUUUGGUGACCAUCUAAUCACCAAAGUCCCAUCCACCUACUGUUUAUUUUAUGGAAAAUAAUCCAGUUUUUGUAAAAAUGAUAAUAUUUUGUAUUUCCAGACUGGCAUUUAAGGGGUUAAAACCCUGAAAAUGAUUGAAAUGAUGGUAGUUUUGAGCAGGUCCAAAAUUGUUUAAGUAAUUUAUUGAAAAAAGCUGAAAAAAAUAUUGAUGUAUGAGGAUUUUAUGGCUGUUUUUUGCACGUGUACAUUUUUGUCACAAAGGUGUCCAGAGGGUGCAAAAUUUUAAAUGUAACAUUACAUAAAAAAUAAUGAUGUAAUCAAAUCAGUUUUAUUGCUAAUCGUUGACAUACCCAAGACUCCAAUUACCACCAAAGCCACAUCACCCUACUGUUUAUUUUAUGGAAAACAAGUCAGUUUUGUGUUUUUUUUUUCUAAAUAAUUAUAAUAAUGACAUACUUCAAAUCAUUAGACUGGAAUUUAAAUUGUUAAAAUCCUGAAAGUUAUAGAAAUGUUGGUAGAUUUGAGCAAGGCUUAAGUUAUUUAAGAGAAUAAUGGAAAAAAAAAUUAAAAAAACAAUAUUGAUGUAUGAGGAUUUUAUGGCAGUUUCUUUAUGUGUGUACAUUUUUGCCACGGAGGUGUGUAAAAGGUAGUAGAUUUGAGGUGGGCAGGACGGUUAAAAUGCACAUUAAAGAUUUUUAUUAUCUUUUUGAAAUAUGUGUAAUACAAGCAAUGAAUAUUCAUCUGCGUAGAAACAUUAAGAAUAUACACAUCAUCUGAUAUGACAUAGCAGGUCACUUCACAAGCUUUCACGUCCAUCUACAGUCUUCUACUACUACUUCUUCUUGACCUACGGUAAAAUACGUGUCUGAUUGUUCAAACAUGUGACACAGCAGCUAACAGUGAUGAGACAGACGCAUUAAAUACGUAAAAAAAGAGAUGCAUAGCUCACAUUGGCACGAGGACAGAAAACUAACCACAUAGGACGUCUGAGCACCAAAUGUCAACUUAUGUUCAGGGGACUGUGUCCUUAUUUGUGCACAGAAAAUAGUCAGCAUGGAACAGAGGCACAAAAUAAAAAAAAAAAAGGCACCUCAUUGUUUCGUGCAGAGAUGAAGAAAGCACAGUUUUCAAAGUAACAGAGUUUUCACAGAAUUCAUAAUGGUCUCGUUUUCAGUUGCACCGUCCAUGAAAACUAAAUAAACUAAAUACAAUUCUGGUGCACGGUAUUAAAAUGUUACAUUCCAAGAACACAGGGCUUAAAAUAUAUCUUCUUGGGACUUUUU